AUGGAUCCUAGACCUUUUCGUCCUAUAUCUGCCGAUCAAAAUCCAUCUGACAACACCAGGUUGUUGGAAUCAGUGAUAGAGGCUCUACAACAACAGAACGCUGCCUUAGUCCAACAAAAUACAAUGGCGUUACAAAGUUUGGAGGCUGCUAGAGCAAAUUCAGAGGCAACACAAAGGCAACUCAUGGAAAUAAUAUCCACGAAUAGGAAUACAGCUGCACCGUCCUCUUCCACUCCUAAUCAUCAAACCGAAUGGAGCUUAGAGAGCUUUCUCCAACAUCACCCAGCAAAGUUUAAUGGAAAGUUUCUUCCUGAUGAAGCUGAUCAAUGGUUGCAUGAUAUGGAGAGGAUCUACAAUGCUAAGAGGUGUCCAGAAGACAAUAGAUUGGCGUUUACUGAAUAUCUCUUGACUAGAGAGACCAAUCUGUGUAUCAAGUCUUUUCCUACAUUGGUGGAGAGGGCCAAGGUGUUAGAGAAGAAUGUGUUUGAGGUAGAACAACAAAAGAAGCAACAACAGAAGACUGUUAGAGGACCGAUCUCUUCUAGAAACAGUAUGGGUUUGAGGAAGACUCCUUAUACUUGGCCUUCAUCUUGUAAUAACUUGUGGGUUUCAUCUUCUCAGCUAUCAAGACCGGUUGGUCCGUCUAGACAACAAGGGUCAGUGGUUUGUUUUAUAUGUGAAGGACCCAAUUACAAGUCUCCAUGCCCUCAGUUGAGCAACUCCAAGUUUUGUGUUCGGUGCAACAAGAAUGGGCAUUGGGAGAAAGAAUGCAACUUGGGAAGAAGAGCAGUGAUGAGGUCGCCGAAUGUUGGGAGGUUUCAAUAUAGGGGUGGUGGCCGAGCACAAGCGGUCGGUCGAGUAUAUGCUAUAACAGGGGCUGAAGCACCAAGCUCAGCUCGUGAGUUUAGGACUUCUACUGUAUGUAUUAGAUGUCCGAUUGAGGUGGAAGGGCGUAUAUUCAAAGUAAAUCUUAUAUGCUUACCUCUACAAGGCUUAAAGGUAAUUUUAGGAAUGGAUUGGUUAGCUGCCAAUCACAUUCUCAUAGAUUGCGGCGAGAAGAAGGUAAUAUUUCCUAGUGAAGAAGAAGAAUUGUCCUUGACAGUAGGCCAGUUAAGGAUAGAUAUAAUGGAGGGUGUCAGCUGUUUUCUGGUAAUGUCGCACGUAGACGUAGUACCAAAGGAGUUGCAAUAUGAUCGUUCGGUCAAUGGAAAGCAGAAUGGAGACCGAUCGGUUGUGAACAAAUUUAUGGAUGUUUUUCCUAAAGAGGUGCCAAGAUUACCCCCUCAAAGAGAAGUGGAAUUCUCUAUUGACCUAGUGUCCGGAGCUGGGCAGUCUCUAUUGCACCAUACCAAAUGGCUCCAGCAAAGCUAG